AUGGACCCCUUGGUCGCGAGUCUCGUAAACGCUUUCGUCAAGAGUUGGCCUUCUUGGCACCGCCUUCGCCUUGGCAACAACCUUCGAGAUGAAGAGGCCAAGCUGCAGCUCCCAGUAGACAUGGCCACCAUCAUGGCCGAGGCACACAAAAAGUCACAGAGUAGCGGCAUCGCCGCGUUUGCUGGUGCCUGGGCCGAAAAGUCUCUCAUCACUCUCAUCUACGGCUCCAACGUCAUUGAGACGGCAGGCUCUACCCUUGGAAUCACCACGCGACUUUGCCAGGACAUCUUUCGCGGUAGGCCGGUAGAUGCGUAUAUCGACAAGAAGGACCCGGCCUACCGAGAGCACCUUGAGAACCUUGCCGAAACACAUCGAAAGAGCGACAUGGCCAACGUUGUUCGGUCCCGCAGAGAAGUCAUUGGCCACGCCAACGCCCUUCGUUUCAUGAUUGACCACGUCAUUCUCAACAACGAGGCCUGGUCCGAAGAGCUUAUUCUACAGACACACAGGAUCCUCUACGAGGGGAUCGACGACGACGUUGUGCCGGGAAAGUAUCGCACCCAUGAAGUGGCGGUUUGUUACAGCAGCCCCGGGGACAAGAAGACGAAGAAGACAAGUCUUUGCAUGCGAGCGGCGGCCGUGCCACGCUAUAUGACGGCAAUGGUCGAGCACCUAAACCACGAUAUCACGCAAGCCGAGGCGUCUGGGCAGCGUGACCCGUAUACACUCGCUGCGCGCUACCACCACCAGUUCGUCAUGAUUCAUCCGUUCGCGGACGGAAACGGCCGCAUGUCAAGAAUCAUUCUCAACACUCUUCUCCUCAAGUACGCCGGUCACGUUGCGCCUUUUGGAUGCGGCAACGACAAGGACGACUACUUGGCGAUUGUCCGCAGAGCCGGCGUCGUAUUUCACCGGGAGGAUAUGGAGGUGGACUUUGGGCAGCAGACGUGUCAAUUUGAGUUUGCAAAGUUUGUGCUAGCAAAGUCCAAGCCGGGCCUGGAGCAGAUGUGGGCUUGGGCGAGUGCCGAGCCGGAGGAUGAAUUUCUGUUCCGGGCCGUGGAUCGACAAGUUGAUGGCGGCUGCUGCUACACAAGCGAGAGGCACCGGACUUUGUGA